GUUUCCGAAAUACCCUACCUAGGUAGGCAUAUAUUUACUACGUAGUAUGUACCAGGUAGGAAGCUCCCAAUUUCCAACCGUGAUUAGCGUCUUCUUGCGAACUCCCGAAUAGCGAUACGCGGUUAGAUGGGGGGGAAUAUGCGCAUUGCAACGCUACCAGAGUAAUCAGAGCUAUUAGAUUGAAAUAUAUAAACAAGAAACAUCAUGGGGACUUUAAUUCAUCGUUUUGUAAGCACUAUUUGAUCUUCUGACGGCCAAAAUGGUUAUGCUUACCCGCGUCCUGUGCCUCUGGGCGACAUUAGUCCUCAAUGCUACGAUCGCGAAAGGCCAUCGCAUCCCGACGCGGAACGAAUGCCCGCCAUUCAAGAACGGGACCAUCGUGAUCGAUUCGUACCAGCUGUACCCCGAAAACGCUGAUUUCGAUCUGAACCAGUGCCUCUUGUACUUUGGCGCUCUGUUCAAUGCCUCGGUCGUCGUGUACGACCCGUACAAAGCCAAGACGGUCCAGACGCUCGAGUUCCCGGGAAUCACGCGCACCGACCCCUUCCACGUCGGCGGCGUCGCCUGGGACCCCUACACGAACCUCAUAUCCAUCCUCAUCGACGACGCGACCCCCCACGUGACGCCCGACCACCACGUCGGCGGCGACGACUUCAUCACGCGCUACGACCCCGUCAAGAAGGAGACCCUCUGGUUCCUCAACAUCACCGAGGUCAGCCAGGGCAAGUACGGCGGCCAGCAGGACGUCGAGCACGACGCCCGCGGCCACGUCUACGUUCUGGGGACGUACCCCGGGACCAUACUGCGCGUGGAGCCCGACGGCAGUGCGAUCAAGCCGUGGUAUUUGCCGAAGGUGAUUGACCACACGUACACCGGGCUCACCGGCUUCGCGGCGACGGGCGACAUCCUCCUCGCCAGCGACGCGCGCAACGCGACGGGCAGCGGCGAGAUCGUCCGCUUCGACAUGCGCGCGCAGCAGGGGACCCCCGUGCUCGUGCCCCGGACGCCCAACGAGCCCAUCAUGUCCCUCGACGCCGUCUACCUGCCCCCGAAGUACCGCGGCACCGUGCUGCUCGUGUCCGAGCACGACCGCGGCGUCUCGGUGCUCAGGUCCCAGGACGGGAGGUGGGAGACGGCGGAGUAUCUGGGCCGCGUGACGGACGACCCGGCGCUGAAGGACGGGGGCGUCAAUGUCGCGACGGUGGAGAUCGCGGGCAGCGUGUACAUGGUCGACGAGUGGUUUGCGGAUCCGAUCGUGCCCGGCACGUCGGCGGGGAAUAGGACGGCGUUCCCGAUGUGGGAUAUUACGGCGCAGGUUGAGAAGCUGCUGGGCGCUAAGGGCUGUUCAGGGGGAGGGUGGCUUGGUACUAUAAUAUCGUCUUGAAACUCUAGAUUCUAACUAUGUGUUGGGCGUCUAUCCAGACG